UCUUCGCUCGGCCGCUCAUACUGCAUAUAUAUAGCGAAGCUACGGACCAACACGCAUCAUUCGCAUUCAGGACCUCGCUGGCUUCAGUGCAACCUACUAGUGCAGCAUCAUGAAGUUCAUGCUCGUAGCCGCCAGUCUGGUGGCUCUCUUGGCCUUCUCACAUGCCGAAGAAGCCAAGAAAGCAGAAAAGGAAGUGGCAGUGACCGACAAUAAAGAGGCGGCGGCAUCUGACGACAAAAAGCAUGAGAAGAGAGGACUGUUCGACAUCGGACUGGGCUAUGGACACGGCGGUCUGGAGGGUGGAUACGGCGGUGGACUGGGCGGCGGAUUCAGCGGCGGACUCGGUGGCGGCUAUGGCGGACACGAAGUCCACAAAACAAUCACUGUUGUCAAGAACGUUCCUGUCCCAUACCCGGUCGAGAAACACAUUCCCGUCCCGGUAGAGAAGACUGUCCCCUACCCCGUUAAGGUACCCGUACCCCAGCCUUACCCCGUUGUUAAGCACGUGCCUUACCCAGUCAAGGAGGUCGUCAAAGUACCAGUGCACGUUCCCCAGCCCUACCCAGUCGAAAAGAAGGUACCUUACCCCGUCCAUGUGCCCGUCGACAGGCCCGUUCCCGUUAAGGUCUACGUACCCCAACCUUACCCCGUUGAGAAACACGUGCCAGUGCCCGUCAAAGUCCCAGUGCCAGCUCCUUACCCAGUAGAGAAGAAGAUCCCUUACCCCGUCAAGGUGCCAGUCCAUGUCCCCGCUCCCUACCCAGUCGUCAAGGAAGUGCACGUUCCAGUCAAAGUCCCCGUCGACAGGCCUUACCCCGUGCACAUUCCCAAACCAGUGCCUUACCCAGUCGAGAAACCAGUGCCUUACCCAGUCGAGAAGCCCGUGCCUUACCCCGUGAAGGUCCCCGUCGACCGCCCAGUGCCAGUGCACGUUGAGAAACCAGUGCCCUACCCCGUCAAAGUACCAGUGCCCGCCCCGUACCCAGUGGAGAAACACAUCCCAGUACCAGUUGAGAAGCACGUGCCAGUUCCCGUCAAAGUGCCCGUCGACAGGCCUUACCCCGUACACAUCGAGAGGCCAGUCCCAGUACCAGUCGAGAAACACGUGCCUUACCCCGUCAAGGUGCCCGUCCCGGUGGUAAUCGGUCAUGGUCAUGACUACGAGUAUGGUCAUCAUGGUAGCUACUAAGGCUGCAGGAGGCAGACGUCUGAAUGUGAUAUAUAAAUAUAAGCUUAGCACAUAAAACGAACGAGGGCCGUGGAAUACCCCAUCAGAGCGGAUAGUGGCUAACAACCAGAUCCCUGGAUCUCUGUAUUGCACGACCCUCGAGCGAUAUGCACUGAUACAAUACUCUCAGUUAGACUAUUUUGUUGUGAAUCAUUUAUUUUAGCUUGUACAAGAUCGGUGAAUGUUACGUUUGAGUUGAUGUACCUGUUAUUUUAUAAACAAAUCCCUUGUGUUCCCUUUAUUUUAUUUUUUUGUGUUAUAUUAUUAUUUUUUUUUUUUUUGGAUGCGAGUAUUUUUAUACGAACUGAUGUAAAAUAAAAAAAAUGGCUCAGCCAAUUAAUUUAAAA